GAGGUUUCUACAGUAGGCAUUGUUCAAUGUGUUGUGCACAUAAUAUAGCGGACUGCGUGAAAAUGUGAUUGACACCUUUUAAAAACGCCCCAAUGUGGACACCUCCACAGCGAGUGUUCGCAGUGUGUUAAAAUGUGAUUCGCACUGUUAAAAUGCUCAAAAAUCAGGAAGACAAUUUCACACUGUAGUCGUUUCCACAGGAUUGAGUGUGUUCACAUAAUUGACUACGUGAAAAUCUGAUUGACACUGUUUAAAAUGCUCAAAGUUAAUAAAGUCAAGAUCAUUUUCUUGGAAACCUCGACACUGAAUGUUCAGAGUGUUCACACAGUACAGCAGCAGACUACGUGAAGAUGAUUGUGUGCACUGUUAAAAUGUUCAAAUUUACAUGUGUGUAUAGAGACAAUUCCCACUAUAUAGGUCUAUACCUCAACAAUAUGAAUGCAUGAUGGCCACAAUUCAUCGGGAGAGCAGAGUCCGAGAAGUUUUUCCCCUGAUGAUAGCUGAGGCUAGAAAUUUUGUUAAUUUUGUAUUUGCUAUCUGAAAAACUCACUAUUCCCUUAGAAUUUACUUCUAGUACAGCAGGAUACUGACAAAAUAAGCUAUGGCUGAAGGGGGUUCAGAUACUCCCUGUGAUGAAACAGAUGCUUCAUCACAUUUGCAUUUCGAGCAAACACGCAUAGAACGACAGGUGAGCCGUGAUGACGUUGGAGAGCAAGCGACCGUCCUCCUUCAGCAUUUCAUCGUCGAUCGAUUCCAGCAGGACGGUUUCGAAAACGCGCCGGGACUGGAUGACCUUAGGGCGGGGCUGGCUGUUCCAAGAGAGCAGGAGGUCGUGUGGACAGAGGUCGGCUGUAUGCUCAGGUCAAUAGGAGAUACAUUAGAUAGGGAUCGAGAAUUACAGAGGAUGAUAAACUCCGUUCCUUCUGAUUCACCCAUCGAGGCAAUCAUAGCAGUAGCCCAUGUGAUCUUUGGUGAUGGUGAUAUAACGUGGGGGAGGAUAGUCGGUCUCUUCUACUUUGCCUACAGGAUGUGUGCAAGGGCUAUAGAGUCUGUUCUGGAUAAGAGCUUUCCAAGUUGGAUCAACAAGCUGAUCAAAGAAGUCGUCAAGUUCCUCGUCAUUAAGUUUGCCCAUUGGAUUGUCAGCAAAGGGGGAUGGCUGGCCAUCCGUGAAUACAUGGGCUCUCCAACCUGGAUAUGGGGCACUCUUGUCGCCCUCUCUGCCAGCUGCUUAGGCUUCUCAUUAUACAAGUUGAGUAGAUGAAGGCCUGCCACGACAACUCUACACUUUAUUAAAUGUAUGGGACUGUAGGAAAACAUUUAUGAAAUAUUAGAACUGUCAAUUGAAUCAGUAUUUCAAUCUGUGAGAUGUAAUCUGCAGAACAGUUCCAGUCUUAUAUAUCCACUUUUGAGAGUGAGAUGAUGACACCAACAUCAAAUGCAAGGCGUGGGACUAUAAUCGAAAUAUUUUUCAAUUAUAAAUGUAAAUCAAUCUCAUGGCUAAGUUAUUUAUUCGAGCCUUUAUUAAAGAUGUAAUUACUACAGUGUCCAUAUAUGUUAUGCUUUAAUGCAUAUCAUGACAUUGAAGCAUGGGAAACAUGGGAAGCCCAAAGGUGUAUAUAUCUUAUAUGAUGCAUUUUCGUAAACUCAAGUUUUUUUAAUAAAUAUAUAUUUAUGUGUUAACAUA